AGGCAGAGAAUGAUGACAAUCAGAGAACCAGAGAGAACUGUGGGGGUGAAAAAUGAGUCCACCGUCCAGGAGUUCAUUCUGGAGGCGUUUCCUGCCACCCAGCACUUGGGGAGCCUCCUCUUUCUGGAGCACCUGCUUGCAUACCUGGCCUCUAUCGUGGGAAACGCGGUCAUAAUCCUCAUCACCUGGGCUGACCAUCGCCUCCAGACACCAAUGUAUGUUUUGCUGAGCACUUUCUCCUUCUGCGAAUGCUGUUUCAUCACCACAGUCAUUCCUAAACUGCUGUCCAUCUUCCUCUCAGGAAGGCAAACAAUUCCCUUUCCUGCUUGCCUCACACAAGCCUUCUUCUUUUUAUUUAUUGGGGCAGGAAUUUUCUUUCUCAUUGCAGUGAUGUCGUUGGAUCGAUACCUGGCCAUCUGCAAGCCUCUGCACUAUGCAUCCAUCAUGAACCUGAGGGUUAGUUUCCUCCUGAUUUUCUUGUGCUAUUCCUUGUCCUUCAUCUUCUUCACUGGUCUGAUGCUCAAAGUUUUCCAGUUAUCAUUCUGUGGCCCCAAUAUCAUCUCUCAUUUCUUCUGUGACCUUGGCUCCUUAAUUCACCUCUCCUGCUCCAACACCAGCUCUGUUGAAACGUAUUUCUUCUUUGUUACUUCGUUUGCCAUUCUGCUAUCCCUCAUUGUAACCAUCACUGCCUACAGCAACAUAGUGGUCACAAUCCUGCGACUCCCAUCAGCCAAGGAGCGACAGAAAGCUUUCUCCACCUGCUCCUCUCACCUCAUUGUCCUUUCUCUGAUGUACGGCAGCUGUGUGUUUAUAUACGUGAAACCGAAGCAGGCGAACAGGCUGGACUCCAACAAGGAGGCUGCCCUUGUGAACACAGUGGUGACCCCAGUGCUGAACCCUGUCAUCUACACCCUGAGGAACAAGCAGGUCCACCAGGCUCUGAGGGACACGCUGUCUAGGAUGAGGUUGCAGAAGUAGAGUUUGGAGGCUAAGUGGAUCCUCUUGAUCCUCCAGUUCAGUUUCCCACCAUUGGCAAAGUCUGUUCUCGAGAAGUUCUCCAUAUGGUGAUCUAUCUUGUGCUACUUUUAAGCUGGAUGGGUACUGUCUUAUUUUGCAAAUCAAUACCUUCUUCUAUUUGAAAAUUUCACUUGUUCUCUAUAUUCUGCUAAAGCUAUGUUGCUUGAUUUUUCUAUUGAUUGGUCUUAAAUGAAUUCAAUUAAAGCAAUAUUGUGAAGCAACUAUUAUACAUCAGUCAUAAGCUACUAAGUCUUUAAUGCAAUAAUAAAAAUGUUGCAAGACUUUAUCAUUUCUAUCCAUGAUACAUUUUUAUGCUCAAAGUUUAUGAUACCUCAGAAAAGAUAGAUAACCUUCCUUACCAUUUGAUACUCAAGGUUUGAAAAUUACAGUUACAAAUUACUUCUGAAAAUUAUAUAAAGUCAUAGUACAACUUAAUGGUGUUUUAUCAUUUGAAUCUACUUAUGUGAAUGCUCACUAGGUCUUCUUCAUGUCUAGUUCUUCUUCGUGUGUAUUGGUUUUAGCGUACAAACAGCUCAGUGUAACUCCAGAGUUUUAGAUGAGCUCUUUCAGUGUAUCGUCUUCCAGAUGUAUCAAAUUUUAUCAAUAACAUUUUCUUUAAUU